AUGAAUAACGGAAGCGACUCCGGAGUCAUCUAUGACGAAAUCACAGAACGUUUGUACAUCGCUCUCCAAGGAGACCGAGAUUUCGACGAUCCACCCAUCGGAGACCCAGCUCUCGAAGAACCCAUCAUCGACGACCCGCCAGUCGAAGUACCCCUUCUUCAACUCCGAGCACAACCGCCGCAACCACAACCACAAUCAUCCCGAUGCUCAAACAUCAUCACGUUGAUCAAGACCAUCGAGUUGAUUGCUUUGAUCGCCAUGGUUUUCUUCCUCCUCUUCGACUACUUUUCUCCUAAACCCGCACCCACUCGAACCGGACCACCACCUCCAACACCAGCCGGACGGUGA